CCAGAUUUGUAUUCCAAUGCCUCAGUUUCAGCACUCUCGAUUUGCUAGCCUUGAGCUGCCUGCUACAUUGACAACUUUCUGUGAUAUUGCGGAGAGUGGCUACGCGAGCAAGCAUCAAAGCCUAUAGCCUGCUGCUACCCGGGGAGAGGCGAUGAUGGCGGCGGCCGUAGAGAGAGGAGGAGUGCGGGCCGCUUUCCUGAAUCCAGGCAGCGGCGGCGGGAUCGGUGGACCAUCCCCGGCACCUAUUGCUACUGCUCCUGGAGCCGCGGUUGGAGCAGGAGGCAUGGGUUCGAAUUCGGGUGGGUCAGAUGGUCCCAUACCCGUGCCUAUGAACCUUUUUGCAACGUGGGAAAUAGACCGUUCUUCUCCGAGUUGUGUUCCAAGAUUGUGCAGCCUGACCCUCAAGAAACUGAUUGUCCUCAAAGAACUGGACCGAGAGCUUAGCUCUGUGGUGAUAGCUGUCAAAAUACAGGGGUCCAAGCGCAUCUUGAGGUCCAACGAGUAUGUCCUUCCCCCAGACGGACUGAUGGAGACUGACCUUGAGCUAACCUUCUCACUCCAGUAUCCCCACUUCCUCAAAAGGGACGCCAACCGAUUGCAGAUCAUGCUGCAGAGGAGGAAGCGAUAUAAAAACCGUACCAUCCUGGGGUAUAAGACCUUAGCUGUGGGCGUCAUAAAUAUGGCAGAGGUGAUGCAACACCCGACAGAUGGAGCCCAGAUCCUGGGUCUCCAUAGCAACGUGAAGGAGGUGCCGGUGCGUGCGGCCGAGCUCAGUGUGUAUUCCCUGUCCAGUCAGCCCAUUGACCAUGAGGACGGCAGCGGGCAGACAGGGACCAAGGCCAAAGCCUUAGAUCGCUCCCCAGAUAUGGAUAACUACUCAGAGGAUGACGACGACAGCUACUCUUCGGAGCAGGAAGCUAGUGACGAUGCUGUUCAACCAGUGGACCUGUACGAUGAGGAUGAUGAUGGACAAAGGAAGCCAAAGAAAAACCGGAGGAAAAUGAUUCGAACAACAUCCAUGACAAGGCAACCCAAUUUCAAACAGAAGUUUGUGGCCCUGUUGAAGCGAUUCAAAGUGACGGAUGAGGUUCUGGACUCGGACCCAGUGGACCAGACCCAGGAGGUGGAGGAGGAUCUGGACCUGCUCUAUGAUAGUCUGGAGGUUUACAACCAGAGUGACAGCGGCCCUGAGAUGGAGGACAACGAGAGUGUCCUCAGCACGCCCAAACCCAAACUCAAGCCCUUCUUUGAGGGAAUGUCCCAUUCGAGCUCCCAGACUGAGAUUGGGAGUCUGCACAGUCAGAAGAGCCAGGCCAGGGACCUGGCCUGCAUCGGUGGAGAUCUGCUGACCCCGGACAGGGCCAAAGUCCUAAUAGGGACCAAGUAUACAGACGACAGCGCCGGAUUGGAGUCUCCUGCGGGGGACGCGGAGGAUGAGGAGACUAGGGCUGGCACAGGGCCAGGUGAGGCUAACCCCAACCCCACCCCUACCAGCUGGGACCUGAGCACGGACAAACUGCCCGGCCCAGUGGCCAAACUCUGCAAGACCGAGUCCCAGACACUCAUGUCGCCCAGUAAAACAGAGAACAAGCUGCAGAGGCGUCCUAGGAGCACGUCCAUGAAGGACCGGCAGAACUCCAAGGCACAGAGUGACAGGACUAGCAGCAUUGACAGCGAGACAUCCCCGGAAUCCAGGAUCGCUGUCCAGGUCCCCAGGAAGUCAGUGUACGACCAGCUCAACCAGAUCCUUAUCUCUGACGAGCAGCUCCCAGAGAGCAUCAUCCUCAUCAACACCACAGACUGGCAGGGCCAGUAUCUAUCUGAGAUUCUCCAUGAGCACAGCCAGCCUAUCGUGUGCACCAUCUCUGGUGCGGAUGUCCAUGCAGCCUUCAACACCAUCGUCACCAGGAUCCAGAGAUUCUGUAACUGCAAUGCCCAGACACCCCCCACCAUCAAAGUGGCGGUGGCCGGAGACCAGAGUUACCUCAGCACCAUCCUCAGGUGCUUCGUGGAGCAGCUGGCCAACAAGACGCCUGAUUGGCUCAGCUAUAUCCGCUUCCUGGUCAUCCCUGUCGGCACUCAUCCUCUGGCCAAACACAUGUCUUCGUUCGACAGCAAGUUCAACAACAUCUUCAUGGACGCCGGCUGGAGGGACUUGUUUGGCAGACUCGAGGCCCCAACAUCAGACAACAUUGAUGUGGCAGGCCGCGUUUCUCAGUACCUGGCUGGGGCCAGUGUUUCACACCAGUGUCCCAUCUCUGAGGCCAUGCUCACCUACAAACAGAAAAGGAAGAGAAGCUUAUAUUUUGAUUUUUACAUCAGCCCUGACGAGGACUCCUGUCAGAAGUUUGUGCCAUUUAUUGGGCUGGUGAAAGUGGGCAUCGUUGAGCACAACCUCUCGACCUCAAUGGACUCUGAUGAUGCUGUGAUGGGGACCAUCAAUAUGCUGGCCUCCCCUCCCCCCCAGCCGGGAACAACCUACAUGAAGGACCUGACCUGCACCCCGCCCCCCUCCCCCUCCGUCUCAGCCACCCUCGCCGGAGCUGGCUCUCCGGCGACAGGCGGGGAGGUGAUGGGGCUACAGGUGGACUACUGGACAUGUCACGGCGCCGACAAGAAGAAGGAGGGCGAGAAACGCGACGUGGGCAUCAAGAAUACCCUGAAGAGCAACUUCCGCUCGCUGCAGGUGUCCCGCAUCCCCAACGGGGGCGAGCUGACACCCCCUCCCGGCAUGGCCAUGACCGUUGUCAUGAAGGAGAAGAACAAGAAAGUGAUAUUCCUGAGUAAAAAGCCCAAGGAGAAGGAGGUGGACUCCAAGAGCCAGGUGAUCGAGGGCAUCAGCAGGCUGAUCUGCACUGCCAAACACCAGCACACCAUGCUGAGAGUGUCCAUUGACGGCGUGGAGUGGAAUGAUGUCAAGUUUUUCCAGCUGGCUGCCCAGUGGCCCACUCACGUCAAGCACUUCCCUGUUGGCAUCUUCGGCUACACCAAGCCCGCCAUGUGACAUAUCACUGCCACCUAAACCCAAGUAUGGGUAGCUGCAGCCCAAUAUGGCAACCGGAGUAUGGGCGAGUGGGUGUGUCGAAAGGAGUGGGUGAUUGGAAAGAUAAUCAGCUAAUUGAGCAGACUUGUUGCCACUCAAGACCCUUUUGCAUGGCUGAUACGAGUUCAUAAGCCGCCGACCGGUGCACCGGUUUUGUAUCGAGUUGCCUGCUGACCGGAGUUGCUUCCCACUGAGCAGCUGUGUCAAGUUGUCACCAGCGGUAGAUAACGUGCCAAUUUUCUUCUUCUCUCCUAUGAUUUUAUUUCAAGUAGGAUAGAAGCCGACACAAGAAAUAACUAAUAUUGAUAACCAUCGAGAUUUCACGUUGAUACAUGCAUACAGUCUACUCAAUGGGCAUGACAUGAAGGGCAACAACACCUGGACACAGUGUCCUUGCUCUCGCUUUCCAAGUGCUUGUCCCGGCGUGGGAAGUAGCUAAUUAGUAGCCAAUAUCAGGGUGACCGUCACAGUGAGCACAUGCAUACAAGCAAUAGUACGUCCAUCAUCAGUACUUUUAAUAAAAAAUAAACAAUCGUCAGUUUUACAACAAAAAAUCUACAAUUAUUUGUGUUUAACUACCAGCGAAAUGCGACUCAGACUCAUCCUCUGGAUGAUUCAGACUCAAGUCCAAACUCUCGCAGUACGAUAGUUGUGUGGUAAGAACCGGACUAAAACGUCUAGCCUGUAACAGAGCGCUUUCGACACACCCACUCCUUUCCACACGCCCAUUACUUUCCUUUCGGCACACCCACUCCUUUCCACACGCCCAUUACUUUCCUUUCGGCACACCCACUCCUUUCCACACGCCCAUUACUUUCCUUUCGGCACACCCACUCCUUUCCACACGCCCAUUACUUUCCUUUCGACACACCCACUCCUUUCCACACGCCAAUUACUUUCCUUUCGAACACAUCCACUCGCCUAUACGCCGGUCGACAAAUUGGGCUGCAGCUACCCCCUUCUCCUUAAACCCUGACCCCUGAACAGACUUUAUCAUCUCCCAUAGAGAGAGAUGGGCUGGUUUCCAUUCUGAAAAAGUACUCCUUUCCUUCCGUCCUUUAAAACGAACCUCAUCUCCCAUAGAGAGAAUGGGGCUGGGUUCAAUUCUGAAAAAAAUAAUUCUGUUCCCUUUGAACAGUCCUCAUCUUCCAUAGAGAGAGACAAGCUGGAAUACAUUCUGAAAAAUCACUCCCUUCCGUUCUGUCCUUUUAAUAUUUGUAUUUACUAGGUAUUGAGGCCAUCAAUAUGGUAAUGGCUCCAUGAAGUGAAGAUUAUAGGUCCUUAUAUGUUGGUUCCCAAUGUUUCAAAAUGUAAUUAUUAGAAAUACAUUUCUAAGUCUAAGUUUGAAAUGAAUCCAACUCCAAGUCAUUCAGCUCCGUGGGCUCUCCAAGUUGCCAAAGGUAGUGGGGAAGGCUGGGAGUAAUCCACCAGAUUGGAACCCAGCCCUGCUCUGACUAAGCAAAAAACGUAAACAAACCCCCUAGUCCUUUUCCUGUGGAAACUGUCCAGUUACAAACCUGUGUUCCCAGUAUAAAAUGGAUGUUGUUGUCAACGUCAAAUGUUACUGUUUUAUACACCAGCAAAAAAAGAAGGAAAAAAACAUGUUUUGUUAAAAAAUGUAUGCUGCCUUUUAAGUAUAAUAGUGUAUAUUGUGGUUAGACACUUAUAAUGGCCACCUGUAAUGGCAGCUUUGUUGGCACUUUGUUUUGUUACUAUAUUAUUAUUUCUGUGAAAUCCUAUGUGGGUAAAUGUCCUGUAUAUAAUGUAAGAGGAUUGAAGGGGUGUGUUGGUGUGUGUUCGCCGUGUGUGCCGGGAGGCAGUGUGUUACUGAUUUUUAGGGGAAAGGGUGGGAUGCUGAGAGAGGAAUUGCUGUGAAAUUUGCAGAGGAACCCCUCUUGCUAUGAAGAGACGUAUUUUGUUCUCUUUUUCUAUUGAGAAAAGUGACUUACUCAAGUUUUUGAUACACUACUUUCUAGCUAGUAUACUUGCCUUUUUGAUUUAGAAGCACAUUGUAUGGAAACAGAAUUGGGACAAUCAGUAACCAAGAAACUUGGCACUGUAUAACGAGAGACAUUCAUCAGAGAGUGGAAUGUAUCCUUAGGCGAGUUCAAUGCAAUGACUUCACUUGUGAAUUUGUGACGUGGGCCCUAGGUGCAUGCAAGAAUUUCUGGACACAAACGUGUACAGGAGAGAGAAGAGUGAGAGAAAGGGAGGGCAAAGAAAGAAGGAAACAAAUGUAUUGUUCGCAGUGCCCUGCUCUAACACACCUGAUUAGCCUACUCUCUGCAAAGGGCUCAGCAGUGCAGUUUUCAGUAAUACCCUUCCCACACUACUACUGAGAAGACCCAAGCCAAGCUGUACUGCACUGGCCUGGUUAAGCAUCCACUAUCGUUGUUGGAACUGUGUUCAAAAUGACCAUGUGGGGAAAAAACAGUUAAACAGUACAGUUUGGCUUGGUACAGUAGUGUGAAAAGGGUAGAAGAAUUCCACAGGUUGUUAAACUAUUUACCAGUGACAUUGAAGUGGUGUUCUUUUUUCUAACUUUAUCCAUUCUGAAAGACAAGAAUUCCUUUCUAUAAAACUAGCGUGCCGUAUUCAACAAUGAACUAAUUGCUGUCCACUGUUCUCUGUUUUUAUACUUUCUUUAAAGAUAGACCCACUCAUAAUGUUGAGUCAAAAAGGGCCACAGGCUUAAUUGGUUUUUAGGGAAUUGCCAGGAUUUUAAUGUCAGCAAUGUUGUUGUAUUGUGUGUUGUUUUUUCAUGAGGUGUAUUUUCUCAUAGACCUAUGAGGGAAAUAACGUCCUGUGCCUCUUCAGUCGAGGCUAUGCAGGACACCUGGAAGUCAAAGCUUCCUUCCUUAGUUAUUUUGCCUCUCUCCAUCUUUUUACCUUGUAUGUUUGUGACUUGACACGAAAAUGCAUUUCAUUUGGAUGAAAGUGUGUUUUGGAGAUUUUAAGUGUGUGUCUGUGUGUGCAUGCGCUCAGAAGGGGUACUGUGUAACCCCAUUUGUCAAUAUCAACCAUUUGAAAACUAUGGCUUCUCUUGCGAUUAGAUACUACAUGGAUAGUAUUACAUUUGAUGUAUUUUUUGUUCAUCUUCACCGUGGUAGCUGAGUAUUAACAACAGUGUAUGUUACCGUAUAUUUGACCCUUUCUUCGUGCAUUGCUGAUGGUCAAGGUGUUUCAUGUUUUUGCCUCUGAAAGGGGGAAGGUCUUCGGUCAAUGCCACUCAUUUGACUAUACAGUGUUCCACUAUUUCAUGAUACAAAUGGACACCAUAUAUACAACAGUAUAUGACCACCCCUUCAAAUUAGUGGAUUCGGCUAUUUCUGCCACACCCGUUGCUGACAGGUGUAUGAAAUCGAGCACACAGUCGAGCAAUCGCCCUAGUCAAACAUUGGCAGUAGAAUGGCCUUACUGAAGAGUUCAGUGACUUUCAACGUGGCACCGUCAUAGGAUGCCACCUUUCCAACAAGUAUUUUCCUUACAUUUCUGCCCUGCUAGAGCUGCCCCGGUCAACUGCAUAUUGAUGCCAAUGAUUUUGGAAUGAGACAUUUGACGAGCAGGUGACCACAUACUUUUGGUCAUGUAGUGUAUCUAUACAUAACUGAAACAUAAAUAUGUUCCACUACUUCAUAAUGCAUAUUUACAGUUGAAGUCAGAAGUGUCCAUACACUUAGGUUUGAGUCAUUAAAACUUGUUUUUUCAACCACUCCACAAAUGUCUUGUGAACAAACUAUAGUUUUGGCAAGUCGGUUAGGACAUCUACUUUGUGCAUGACACAAGUAAUUUUUCCAACAAUUGUUUACAGACAGAUUAUUUCACUUAUAAUUCACUGUAUCACAAUUCCAGUGGGUCAGAAGUUUACAUACACUAAGUUAACUGUGCCUUUAAACAGCUUGGAAGAUUCCAGAGAAUUAUGUCAUGGCUUUAGAAGCUUCUGAUAGGCUAAUUGACAUCAUUUGAGUCCAUUGGAGGUGUACCUGUGGAUGUAUUUCAAGGUCUACCUUCAAACACUGUGCCUCUUUGCCUGACAUCAUGGGAAAAUUAAAAGAAAUCAGCUAAGACCUCAGAAAACAAAUUGUAGACCUCCACAAGUCUGGUUCAUCCUUGGGAGCAGUUUCCAAAUGACUGAAGGUACCACGUUCAUCUGUACAAACAAUAGUACGCUAGUAUAAACACCAUGCGACCACGAAAAGUGCAAAUCAAUUGCAGAACAACAGCAAAGGACCUUGUAAAGAUGCUGGAGGAAACAGGUACAAAAGUAUCUAUAUCCACAGUAAAACAAAGUCCUAUAUCGACAAGGAAACCACUGCUCCAAAACUGCCAUAAAAAAAGCCAGACUACAGUUUGCAACUGCACAGGGGGACAAAGAUUGUACUUUUUGGAGAAAUGUCCUCUGGUCUGAUGAAACAACAAUAUAAUUGUUUGACCAUAAUGACCAUUGUUAUGUUUGGAGGGUAAAGGGGGAGACUUGCAAGCCAAAGAACACCAUCCCAACCGUGAAGCACAGGGGUGGCAGCAUCAUGUUGUAGGGGUGCUUUGCUGCAGGGGAGACUGGUGCACUUCACAAAAUAGAUGGCACAUUGAGGAAGGUAAAUUAUGUGGAUAUAUUGAAGCAACAUCUCAAGUUAUCAGUCUGGAAGUUAAAGCUUGGUCGCAAAUGGGUCUUCCAAAUGGACAAUGACCCCAAGCAUACUUCCAAAGUUGUGGCAAAAUGGCUUAAGGACAACAAAGUCAUUGUAUUGGAGUGGCCAUCACAAAGCCCUGAUCUCAAUCCUAUAGAAAUUUUGUGGGCAGAACUGAAAAAGCGUGUGCGAGCAAGGAGGCCUACAAACCUGACUCAGUUACACCAGCUCUGCCAGGGGGAAUGGGCCAAAAUUCACUCAACUUAUUGUGGGAAGAUUGUGAAAGGCUACCCAAAACGUUUGACCCAAGUUAAACCAUUUAAAGGCAAUGCUACCAAAUACUAAUUGUUUGUGUAAACUUCUGACACACUGGGACUGUGAUGAAAGAAUAAAAUAUUAAGUAAAUCAUUCUCUCCUAUUAUUCUGACAUUUCACAUUCUUAAAAUAAAGUGGUGAUCUUAUCCGACCUAAGACAGGGAAUUUUUACUAGGAUUAAAUGUCAGGAAUUGUGAAAAACUUAGUUUAAAUGUAUUUGGCUAAGGUGUAUGUAAACGUCUGACUUCAACUGUAUAUUAUAGCACUACUUUUGGGAAGUCAAGCGGCACCAAGUAAUACCAAGAAAAACUGGACAGUCAAAUAACUCCAACAUUGAGCUUUACAGCUCUUUUAAGUAUAGUUCAAGUUUGCUGAUGUUUUUGCACAAACAUUAUUUUAAAUGAUGUGACAGACAGUGUUCUUUCUUUUUAAAUGAACCACUAAAGAAAACAAGGUAGAAGCUCUUGUUUUUAUGAUGUCGGUAUGUCUUUUUUUUCAUAUCAGUUUUAGUUUAUUGUUAUAUUUUUGUUUUUAUUUCAAUCUUACUCUUUAUUAAGUUUUUGUAUGGCCAUUUUAUGAUUCUAACCCUUUUUAAGAAAAGAGUUGAGCUCUUUUGUAUAAAAAAAAUGAUGUUUGGAAAUUGGGUUUUGAAGUGUUGUAAGUGAAAACAGACUAUUAAAGGAGUGUUGAGAGAA